UGUCUGCAGUCUUUGGCAUACUCUGUCCACAGUCUCUGGUCAUCUCCUGUGCUGUCGGCAGUCUCUGGUCAUCCCCUGUACUGUCUGCAGUCUCUGGACAUCUCCUGUACAGUCUGCAGUCUCUGGUCAUCUUCUGUACUGUCUGCAGUCUCUGGACAUCUCCUGUACUGUCUGCAGUCUCUGAUAAUCUCCUGUACUGUCUGCAGUCUCUGGUCAUCUCCUGUACUGUCUGCAGUCUGUGGUCAUCUCCUGUACUGUCUGCAUUCUCUGGUCAUCUCCUGUACUGUCUACAGUCUCUGGUCAUCUCCUGUACUAUGUCCGCAGUCUCUGGUCAUCUCCUGUACUGUCGGCAGUCCCUGGUCAUCCCCUGUACUGUCUGCAGUCUCUGAACAUCUCCUGUACUGUCUGCAGUCUCUGGUCAUCCCCUGUACUACGUCCGCAGUCUCUCUGGUCAUCUCCUGUACUGUGUCCGCAGUCUCUGGUCAUCUCCUGUACUGUGUCUGCAGUCUCUGGUCAUCUCCUGUACUAUGUCUGCAG